UAUUUCGUGAACCCUGGCUAUAAAUAAAUAGAUGGCUUCUCCCUCGUACGUCCUCUUCAAAAUCAUUUCAUCGUCUCGACAUCUUCUCUGCAUCAGUUAACCAUCUAGGGUUUUCUAGUCCAGAACUUUUUAAAUCUGGGUCCGUAAUUCUGCAUUCUACACUUGCUAUUCUCUAGGGUUUUCUAGUCUAGAAUUUUUAAAUCUGGGUGCGUAACUCUGCAUUCUAGACUUUUCGUUCUCUGCAUAUUUUCUGGUUCUCAAUCCAUUACCUUACAGCUUGGCUGUUUAUUUUCUUCUAUUAGAUAUCCUAAUUUCGUCCCUACUCUCGGAUCUCGAAAUCAUUGUUACUUCUCUGCCUAUUUUCCAGACUUGUUCUUGGAGAUUAUCUAGGUAUUGGUAUGUGGGAUGCCGCCUCCAAGCAAGCCGAAUGCGGUUGCAGACCAGAACGCCAGGUCGAACCAUGGGGGAAAAGAUACAGAAGAAGAGGAGACACCUUCACAUAAUCUGUGGGUGGGCAAUUUGUCGAACGAUACCACCGAUACUGAAUUAAUGGAUGUUUUCACCAAGUAUGGCGCUCUCGAUAGUGUCACGACGUAUGCUUCCAGGAACUAUGCAUUUGUCUACUUCAAGCGCCUUGAAGAUGCGAAGUCCGCGAAGGACGCUCUCCAAGGUUUCAUUGUUCGUGGUAACCCUAUCAAGAUCGAGUUCGCUCGACCGGCUAAACCUGGUAAGCAUUUGUGGGUAGGUGGAAUUAGUUCAUCUGUUACAAAGGAACAGCUAGAAGAAGAAUUUUUAAAGUUUGGGAAAAUUGAGGACUUGAAAUUCCUUAGGGACCGCAAUUCUGCACUAGUUGACUAUCUUAGAUUAGAAGAUGCUGCUGAGGCUUUGAAAAGUAUGAAUGGGAAGUGCUUAGGUGGUGAGCAAAUUCGCGUGGACUUUCUGAGGUCACAACCUUCACGAAAGGAAAAUUGGUCUGACUCCCAUGAAUCAAGGGACGGACAUAGAAGGAGCACAGGAUCUGCAGAACAUUCAUGGAUUCCACCAGAUUCCAUGAAAAAUUUCCCAAGGCAUCAGCCUUCUCAACAACUAGGAGGCCGAAGAGGAGAAGGACAACCAAGCAAUAUUUUGUGGAUUGGAUAUCCUCCUUCAGUUCAGGUUGAUGAGCAGAUGCUUCAUAAUGCCAUGAUCCUGUUUGGAGAAAUUGAAAGAAUCAAAAGUUUUCCAUCCAGGCAUUACUCAUUUGUAGAGUUCAGAAGUGUAGAUGAAGCUCGGCGUGCAAAGGAAGGUCUCCAAGGCCGUCUUUUUAAUGAUCCUAGGAUACAGAUACUGUUUUCAAGCAGUGAAUUAGCACCUGGUAAAGAUAGCCCAGCAUUCUAUCCAGGAAAUAAAGGUGCUAGGCCAGAUAUGUUCUUCAAUGAACCUUCUUUUGGACCUGGAACAGGAGAUAUAUUUGGUCAUAAUCGUCCUAUCACACCAAGUAACUUUCCUGGACCUUUGCCUCCUACUGCCAUGCCUGGUCCAAAUAUGAUGAGGCCUUUUGGUCCUCAAGGUGGUUUUGAUUCACUUCAUUCAGGCCCUGAGUUCAAUGAUUUGGCAGGGCCCCUCCAUAAUUUUCCAGAUCCUAAUCCUAAUAAUUCUAUGGGCCCAAACUGGAGAAGGUUGUCACCACCUGCACCUGGCAUGCUUCCUUCUCCUGCACCAGGUAUGUGGCCACCCAUUAGGCCUUUGCCUGGUACAUGGGAUGGAUUUGACACUAACCCAUUUGAAAGAGAGGCUAAGAGGUCAAGGAUUGAUGGUCCUCCCAUUGAUGAUGCUCCCUUUUCUUUGAGAAAGAUGGACAAUCAGGGUAUUAUAGAACAGCCAUAUGGAUUUGGGCCACAGCUUGAUACAGGCACUCCACUUGCAAAUGUUCAAAUCCAGGGUCGUCAUAGUCCAUCUGGUGUAAGAAUUCCAAUUGGAGGGCCUCCUGACCAGGGCCUUCUUGAAAAAGAUUACUGUUGGCGUGGCAUUAUUGCUAAAGGUGGAACUCCUGUUUGUCAUGCUCGAUGUAUUCCUAUUGGAAAGGGGAUAAACUCACAGCUCCCUGCUGUUGUUAAUUGCUCAGCAAGAACAGGAUUGGAUAUGCUCGCCAAGCACUACUCAGAGGCCAGUGGCUUUGACAUUGUUUUCUUUCUACCAGAUAGUGAAGAGGAUUUUGCUUCCUAUACAGAAUUUCUUCGUUACCUGGGUUCAAAAAAUCGUGCUGGUGUUACUAAGUUUGAUGAUGGAACAACUUUGUUCUUAGUGCCCCCAUCAGAUUUCUUAACCAAAGUUUUGAACAUCUUGGGUCCUGAACGCCUUUAUGGAGUGGUUCUCAAGUUGCCACAACAAAUGCCAAGUAGUGCAUCCAUACAACAACCCCAGCAGCCUAAUCCUUCAUCCCAGUAUGUUGCAGGACAACAAUUUCCUCCUUUGCAAACAGAUUAUGGUUUAACUCCACAGAAAGAGGACCAUAUGUUGCAAAUGGAUUACAGUAGGGCAUCUCAUGGAGACUUGGUAACUCAACCCUCCAAGGCUCUCUUACCAACUACUGAUGAGUCUCACUUGGCACAGUCUGUUUCCCAGGACUAUGCCAGAAAUCCUGCUACAGCAUCCCAAGUUGGAGUGUCUCUAACACCUGAGCUCAUUGCAACUCUAGCUGCAUUACUACCUACUAGCAUGCAACCUUCAGCUUCAACUAAUGCUCAGUUACCCUUGGGAUCUUCUGCUUCGCGGCCUUCGUUUCCUGCUUCUGUAACACCUGAUAAAGCAAUACAAUCCCAGGGAUGGAGAAGUGACCUUCAUGGUGUUGGUACUGGUGCUUUUCAGCAAUCAGGAGAAGAUCAAACAAGUCAUCCUUCCCAACAGUUGGGACAUCAAUUUAGUGCUCAGUCACAACUUUUGUCUCAAUUUCCAGCAUAUGCAAAUGCAUCAAAUGGGCCUGACCACUCUGCACAGGCCAUCCUUGGUAGCACUCAAAAUCAAGGUCCUGCUCUCCACAUGCCACAGCAGGGUGUAAGUUCUUCUAAACCUCUGAGUAACUUUGUGAUCCCAUCCCAAGGAGGGCAGUAUACCAUUCCUCAGCAGGCUAGCCAACAGUAUCAACUUGAUUCUUCUCAUAAUCUUCCAAAGAGCUAUGGGAUGGUUCAGGGUACAAAUAUAUCCCAAGCACAAGCACCCACCUCAUUAGUAACUGACAACACAGAUGUGGAGUUUCCAAAUCAGUUUCAGCAACUACAAUCUACUCUGUCUGGUGCUGGUCAUGGAACACUGGAGGGUGAGGCAGAUAAGAACCAAAGAUACCAAUCAACACUUCAGUUUGCUGCUAGUCUUCUUCUGCAGAUACAACAGCAACAGCAGCAAACAAAUGGUCAAGCAGUGCAAGGCUCUGGAAGUCACCAAUGAGACCUGCCUCCAGCCUCCUCAAUUCUCGAAGAGAUGCAGAGUCUGUCUGAACGUCCUGCUUCCAAGAAAAAGAUAUUUCAGAGCAUGACCACUCUUGUGCUUGGUUAGAUCUUGAAGUUGUACUCUAGCUCCAGGUACACAAGGUAAACGUAAAACCCUCUUCUUUUUUUUUUUUUUAAUCAAAAAACGUUAUUUUUUCCCCUUGUCGACAUAUACUUGGAAAUAUUUCGAUAUAUUAUAUAUAUAUAUUUUUUUUGUUUUUGGGAACGAUAUGGUCGACAUUUACCGAAAUGGUCGAAAUAUCGACCGACAUAUUGUAUUUUUUUAAUUCAUGUAAAAUUUAUGUCGUUGGGUCUCGACACUGACAUAUGUCGGGCGACAUUUCGCGACAUUUUAAACCAAGUUUGAAACUAUAAUAAAAUAUAUUGUUCCAUAUUUUGUGCCAAGAUGUCUCUUCUUCUUUGUUCCCACUGUACUUGAAAUUCCCCAAAAUUUACCAUCAGUUCAAACUCUUUUUCUAUUGGUUGCAUUGGGAGGAAAACCACAGAAAUGGAAACAUGCUCUGUCAUUUGCAAUUGUGAUUUGUUGGUGCAUCCAAACACUGGACCAUGUUUCUAACAUCAGGACGCUAUAAAUAGGUAGUUCCGGUUACUAAGCUUCCAACUUUCUGAGUUUUAUUAUUUCUACAAUCUACGCCUAGAGGUACAAACUGUUCAAUUCAGUUGGAUUUGGGUGAACCCUACUUUCAAUUGUUUUAGAUUGCUCAAUCCCCUUAAGCUGGGUAUUGAAUUCAUUUUCUUUUUAUUCAUCAUGAACUUUAUUUUUCCUCUCUCUUUCUCUCUCUGGCUUGUUUUAUGUUCAUG